CUGAUGGAAUGUCUAUGUGAUUUCCUGAGCAACUCAGCUUGUGUGACUAAUUCAAUUUCAGAAGAUAUCAAGGACAGGGCAAAGGCAGUUGCUGAAGCAUGGAAACCCAGAUUGGAUGCUCUUGACAUGGAUGCUAGCAAUGGGAAUUCCUUAGAGGCUCAUGCAUUUUUGCAACUUGUUGCUAGUUUUGGUAUUGCCUCUGGUUUUGAUGAGGAGGAGUUAUCCCGAUUGAUUCCAAUGGUGUCUCGGCGCCGCCAAACUGCUGAUUUAUGUCGUUUCCUUGGGCUUUCAGAAAAGAUGCCUGGUGUAAUUGAGGUUUUGGUGAACAAUGGACGGCAAAUUGAUGCUGUUAACUUAGCUUUUGCAUUUGAUCUUACCGAACAAUUUUCUCCCGUUUCUUUAUUGAAGUCUUACUUGAAAGAUGCUAGAAAAGCUUCUUCUCCUGUUAAAAGUGUUAACUCAUCUCCCACUAUGCAUGCAGGCUCCAAGGCCAAACUUGGGGUUGAGACUGUUAGUGUCUACGCCCGCUUCUGCUUCUGUAAUUGCUUCAGAAUUGUGUGUGGGUUGCCCGGUUGUGGUGAAUGA